AUGGCCGUCAUCGCUGCAGAUCCGUCGAACCUCGUCGCCGUAGGGCCGAACCGCCCCAGCUCCGAGAAUACAAGGCGCGGCUUCCGCGUCCCCACCCCAGCGUCGUCUUCAGCGGCGAGCGGACGAGGCACCGCCCCCGCGUCCUCGAUCUCCCCGGUUGACUCCAUCACCAAUCCGGCGUCCACACGUCCUCAUUCAGUCCACACCAAGGCCGGGUGCAGUGGAUGGGACAAUAACAGGAAACUGCCAUUACUAUGA